AUGAUUAUCCGCGAUUCUACUGGAGCUGUUAAACAAGAGGUUGUCGGUGAACUCUUUCUCUUUGUCCAGGACUAUCCUUAUUAUACUUAUACCCGAGCUACGUGUGAGCACUGCAAGCGCGAAUUCACGAUCAUGGGCAACGUCGACCCAGACACUGUCAAGAACUGGAUGAUCUGUGGCAAGUGCAACUUCCACAUCACUCUGAUUUUCGUCCUUCGCCAAAACAAGGAGGAGCUCUUUGAGACGAUUGCAAAAAGUCUUGUGGAGCUCAAUUUCUGGGACGACAUGGAAGUUGACCAGGAAGAAGAAGAAGAAGAAGCUGGAGAAGAAAAGGAGGAGGAAAGUGCUGAAGAUGCUGAAAAUUGA